AUGGAGCGGAGCGAGACGGAAAUCCUAUUCAGGGCGGCCGCCAUGCGGCUGCCGAGCGAGGCGCGGCGGGAGGGGCUGCUGCCCAACGCGGCGGGUCCGCCGAUGGCGAUGACCCUCACGCCUCGAGGCGCAGCCGGCGUCGCAAUCGGCGCCGCGGCGCCCGGCAGCGGUGCGGCGAGGCAGCCCGCGGCGGGCCAGCCGCCGCCGGGGCAGCAGCUCGCGGCGCGGGCAGGGCUGGACUGGCGCGACACGUGCCGCGGCAUCCUGCAGGAGGACGGGCUGUCGAUCUGGCGGCUGAGGCACACGGCGCGGGCAUCAACCACCCCACCGAGGACGAGCGCGCCGCCCGCGUCGCUGCGGGCAGCAGCUCGGCGGCCGUCACGUCCGGGCGCAGCUACCCCCACAGGGGCCUGCAGGACAGCUCGGUGGCAAGGCAGCCGCCCAAGGCGCCGGGCCCGCCGCGGCCGCACGCCGCCAGCAAGUUCUCGGCGCAGUGCCGGCUGGCGCGGCGGGAGCUGGGCCUGGACAGGACCUUCGACGCCGAGGGGCGGCGGCCCCCUGGCCGCCGGCGGGGCCGCGGCGGCGCGCCGGGGCGGAGGAGAUCCAGCGACGGGCAUCAGCAGCAGGGCCACUUGUGAGGCUACGCGGGGCCCCAGCCCUGCUCUCCCUCCGGCCAACCACCUCAAGAAGGAGCUGGGCAAGAAGGAGUGGCCCGCGAACACGUACCACAUCGUGUCCCGCAACUGCGUGACGUUCGCGGAGGAGCUGACGAAGGCCCUGUCGGUGCCCGAGGAGUUCCCCGCGUGGGUCCGCGGCGCAAUAGACGCCGCGAAG